CCGUGCUCUUGUGACUCGGGUGGCUGCGCGUGAAAUUACAGUCGCGCUCUCAGUCGUGCGCUCUGAAGUAACAGCCUAGGAAAUCUUCAGUCUACUUCACUACAUAUCCACUGGAAAGCGCAACAGUCACGGGCUUUUUAAGAGAACCAACACUUCUGAAGGCUACAGGUUUAAGUGUGUCACUGGGCAGUAUGACGGAUGUGAUGAACAGCUGUGAUUCCACAGUGGGAGAUUUCAGUGUGACCGGUGCAUCUGAGGAACAAGACAUCUCUUUUCAGAUCUUCCCAGAUUCCCAUGAACGGUUUCCCAAACUUUCCAAACGUCUGCCGUCCAUCGUGGUGGAACCCACCGAGAGCGGGGAGGUGGAGAGCGGAGAACUGCGCUGGCCACCUGAUGAUCUGAGCCCUACGGAUGACCCAAGAGACAAACAGGCCCAGGCUGCAAGUGAUAAACCCACAGAAGACAGCAAAGAGGUCAGUAGGGGGGCGGAAAACUAAUGGACAACGGUUGGCGCGAUCCAGCCAAUCACUGUGAAUGUCUUCAUCGUGGACAGGAGUGAACGGGAGACUUCACCAGUUAGGUCUGCCUAUAAUCCACACUAGAGCCGCCCACCUGUUGACCUCCACUCCCCUAGGUGGAGCCGAGGCCCAAGAGACUGUCUUAACUAGCUCAUGUGCCAAACUCUAGUGGUAGUCAGCUGCUGUGAUUGAGUUGUAAAUGAUCUCCAACAACAUAAUAAUCCAUGAUACCCAUUAAAACGCAUCUACUGUAUGCCCGAUACAUUAGAUUGGCAUUCACUUGUGUAUUUAUUUGCUUUGAACCAAAGUCUGUCCUUUCUUCCUGUCAGAAGUGCAUAGCUUCAUUCCUAAUUUGAUGUAUUAUAUCUAUUCCAAGCGCACAUUGAGUGAAUUUCAAGUCAUGUAAAUAAACUGGAGUGCUGUGGAAAUGGCUGCUUCACCAAUGUAGAUUUCCAACACCGUGUACAGUAGAUUACAUCUUUCAGUUUGUCUUCUCAGACACUCAUACAUUCUGCUUUGUCAACAAGUAAUAGAGGCAGUUUAUAUAACAAGCUUUCCAAAUACUUGCGCAUACUUCAUUAGCAUAAAUUCUCUGUUUAGCACAGUGCUGGGUUCAGUUUAUGAGUGUUUGUCGGAACAGCUGUAAAUGUAGCUUUUUGCCUUGUAGUUACACUUCUCAAUUUCAAUUACAUUACUGUUUGUAUGUA